AUGAGAACAAAAGAGCUCCAGCCAGAGACACCAUUAUCCUCAGCAAAUGCUAAGGAAAGAUAUAGUCAAAUUGACAGCCAAACUGACAAUCAAUUCUCAGAAAGAGAGAAAGAACAGAGCCAAGAAGCAGUAGAUACAAAUGAAGAAUGUGAAGAAGAACUAGAAGAUAAAGAAAUUGAUGAUGGAAAUGAAGGAGAAGGGGUAGAUCAAGGAAAUCUGCUACACCCAGAAGAAGAAGUUCAAUUCUUGAAAAAUUUGGAGUCUUGGAGAUGUAUCUGUGGAGGUAAUAAGGGUUUUGUGUCUGAAGAAUCUGUUUCUGUUAAUGAUGGAAUUGGAAUUACCUUAGGGAAAAAUAGAGAAAGUGGCUGGGAAUUGAACACCCCGUGCAACUGGAAAAACAGUUUGGUAUGCUCAAGUCAAGAAGGCAUAAAAAAUCAAGAAUUUUCUGAACUGGGCUCUCAACAUUUGAUGAGAAAAUCUAUGCCCAAUAACCAGAUUAGAGAUGGUAAGCUUGGUGAUGAAACUCGUAGUUCCUUGUUCUUUGAUUUUUCUGCUACGGAUGAGUCGAGUUCAGUUGUGGAAUCAAACUAUAAAGAUUCAUCACUGAUUGAUUUGAAGCUUGGGAGAUUUCCUGAUGCACAGAGUUUCAAGAUUAUGCCAAAUUUGUCUUCAACUAAGAGAAAUAGAGGUGGAGGUUUGACCCCAUUUUGCCCAGUUCAAGGUUGUGGGAAGGAUCUAAGUUGCUGCAAGGACUAUUACAAGAGGCAUAAAUUAUGUGAGGUUCACUCAAAGACUGCUAAGGUCAUUGUAAAUGGCAUUCACCAGAGGUUUUGUCAGCAAUGUAGCAGGUUCCAUCUGCUACCUGAAUUUGAUGAUGGAAAACGCAGCUGCCGCAAACGUCUUGCAGGUCAUAAUGAGCGGAGAAGGAAGCCUCAUGCAGGUACAAGGUUUCAAGGAAGUUCUUUUGCAACAUCAUCCUUCAUUUGCCAGGACAUACUUGGCUGCAGCCUUCUUCAUGAACCAAAACACGAUAUGCAUGACAGGUAUAAGAAUGUAAAGGUCGAACAUUGUUCUGAUUACAACCCUCAACUCUCCAUGCCUUUUACAAAUGGACACUCACAACCUAGAACACUUUUCACUUCAUACCAUACCGACAAACACUUUCUAGCUCUCCAUGAUGAAGGAAUAACAGCUAUAACAAGAAACAAAAAUAAUGAGAGUAGCAACUCAUAUCUGAAUGAUAUUGGAGGCUCAGAUUUGGUUUCCUGCUCUCUUUUCCACAGCACCUCAAUAGGGAGUGAAGUCUUGAAUGUUAUGGACUCGGCCUCAUCUUUUCAAGGGAUAUCAAACUCUGGUUGUGCUCUCUCUCUUCUGUCAUCUCAAUCACAGGACUCAUCAAAUUAUUCAUCUGUAGUUCCUAGUGCUCACCACCUUAUAACACCUUGCGGUAAUGCUUAUUACAAUGUGACACAGACAUCUGAAAAGAUCCCAGCGGCGAGCCCGAAGGGUUCAACAAGUGCAGUAUCUCAUAUUUUCAAUUUAUCUGGAGUUAUUUCCGCAGAGGGGCGCUUGGAACAGAUACUAAGAAACAAUUGCGGCAUCAAUGGGAGUAUUCAAGGAUCAGAUUGUGUGAACACCAAGAAUCUACUUUCUUGUGAAGAUGGUCCAACUAUUGAUUUGCUUCAGUUGUCGUCGCAGCUUAAUCAAGUGGAGCAUCAAAGACAUUCCAUGAAAUGAAGCAGGAUGGCGACACUUUUUCCGGCCUCUGAAUCAUUUGAGCAGAUACGAAUGUACAGACUAAAGUUCAUAUUGAAGUCUCUG